UCUUCUCCCUGACAAGAUUCGCUUCAGUUCUCUCAGCUUGCUAAAUGUUGAUCACUUUUUUGUUAUUUUUCAAUCCAAAAGUACUGCUACAACGACUAUAGUAUACAUAUGCCCCAAGCAAGCAAGGAUUUCAUCCACGGAUCUUCCGAACCCUAACCACGCCGGCUAACCCAAUUGCCAGAACCCCCGCCGUCUGGAAUUCGCUUUUCUGAUUUGUCUACGCCUUCGUAGACACAUGAGCGCGCACCGUUUCGGAGGCUUAAUUAGGAAUGCGACCCGAUUUUCUCUGCAUAGCUCGGCCGCCAGCCCGAGAUCGCCGCCGCCAACGAAAUUCUUCGCUGAGGAUGUCGAGGGCGGCAGCGAAGUAUACGGGCACACUCUGAAAUUCCAGCGCCCGACGACCAUAACGUUGACGCAGCAAUUGGUGAAUUCCGUUAGCUUUAUUGGGUCGGUGGAGUUACCCCCCCUGAGGAUCAAAGAAACGGUGAAACCUGGUCGCUUUGGCGUCUACACUCAGCUCUCCGUGAAAGCCUCCCCUGAUUCAGACCGCAAGUUUAGGAUACUACUGGAUAUGUGGGACGAGAUGGCAAGAAUGUCUUUAGAGCAUUUGAAACCAAAAGAUUUUGUUUAUGUUUCAGGUCGUUUAGGGUCUUAUACAAAGGGUCAGGAGGGUGGAAAGCUCGAAACACAUUACAAGGUCACCGUAGAAGAAUUAAAUUAUGUCAGCAAAAGUGGUCAAGGCCCAACCAGGCAAAAAGUUGAGGGGUCCCAAUUCGGAGCGGGUGUGGCUGGCUUGGAGGUGCAUGAAAACCGCCUUCACUUGUGGCAAGUGUUUUUCUCCAAUCCGUAUGAAUGGUGGGAUAACAGGAAACAGAAGGAUUUAGGGAAGGUAAAUCCUUCAUGGCCAGAUUUCAAGCACAAGGAUACCGGUGAAGUUCUCUGGUUGAAACCCAAUGAUCCUCCAUGGAUUAAAAGACAACUCGAGUUGCUUGAUACAAAAAUGGCAGAAAAAGGCCAAAGUGAUCAUGUAGGAUCUCGUUCCCAUGUCUCCAUGUGGGUGUACGAUGAAUAGGGAUGAGUCUGCAGGCCUUCGAAGAACUUUCUGCUGUUGCACAUUGCUUAUAUUGAGGAUUUUACGGUCUUACUCAUGAUAUCUAGCUGGAAGCACAAAGAAUAAUGUAUCUAUUGAUACUCAGCACAAAUUUAAGCAUGAAAAAUUAAGUUUGUACAUCUCCAAGCACAUAUCUCACUCUCAGAAGUUGGCCAUGUCAAGCACCAAGGCUUACUGUAUUCAGUUCUUUGUACAGCAGGUUACAGGUACCAACACGACAAAGAUGAAUAGAAAGUUUCUUAAAUUAUUCUGGCUUUAUUUUCCUUGUAUAGCGUAGCCACUUCAAGGGCCCCUUCACGAUGGCAUAAUAGCAACAUCUUGAACUCAUAAUGCAUCUCUAUAAACUUUUUCUUUAUUAAAACUAAGUUAGGAUAAGCAAACUGGCACCGAAAGUUUCUUUUUUGGAUUUAAUGAGCAUUUAUCGUUGAUGGAUA